AUGUCCUCACGCGUACCCGAACCCCCAAACACCACUAUGCUCAGCAGUGGGGCAUGUGAUAAUCCUUCCCAAGAAUUGGAUCCUCAAGGUCAAUUGGAGGACGGAAAUGACGGUUUUUCUUCGUAUAGAGGGCGCAUAAAGACUGCCAUGGAGAAGACAGUCGACCUUGGAAGAAGCAUCAGUGGAAAAUUCAACCCUGUUCUAUCGAAUUCACCGCCCUCAGGUUCAAGACGUCGAUUUUCCUCUUCUAAUCGCAAGGGAAAAGCAAAGGAGCAAUCACACGACCGUCAUACUCAUCAGGAAGCCUUCAACGACGACUCUCCUUUCAUACGACCUCGAUCACCAUCUUCUGUGCCGAGUAGACCUUCCCUACAGUCUUUCCGGGGAGUUGAUUCUAUGCGAGCCGGAACACAGACUCUUAUUCAAGCAUUACAAGCAUUGCCAUGGACGGACGAACCGGGUGAUGAAGACGGAUCUAACGCUGCUCCACAGCUGGACUCUGAUAGUGAGGAAGGAACAUCUGGUGAGUACUAUAACAGGAUGGCUUCCUCCAUUCACGCUAUAUAUCGACCUGUCGCUCGUUCCCGUAGAGUGGACGCGUCAGCUCCUCUUGCGGGUCUAAGAGGGCAUUUAUCUACGCGGACAGUACAAGAAGGGCCAUAUUUUUCGGAAGGAAUGGUCAACUCCGAAGAUGAUGGCGAGGUGGAAGAUUUUGAAGCAGUGACUCCUCGCCCUGCGGCUCACAGACCUGAAUAUAUCAAGUCCCAGCCACCCUCUUCGUCUGUUGUAAGCGAAGCUUUCGAAAGAAAUGCAUACAGCCGUACAGGGAGUAUGACGACCGUUAGGGUCCAGCGGAGGACACGUCUGGCCGAGAAAUUGAAAGAAGUUUUCGAUCUGAAUGACAUCGACGAAGUGGUUGCUGAGAUGCCAUGUUGGCUACUCCGUUCUGUUUUAUUACAGGGUUAUAUGUACCUCACUAACUCCCACCUAUGCUUCUUUGCCCAUAUGCCAGCACGAGAGGAUCAAGUUUUGAAGUCUGGAUCUCUCAAUAAGAAGACUCAGCGCACGAAGCGAUGGAUCAAGUACUGGGUUGUGCUUAAAAAUGAUGCAAUCUCCUGGUAUCAGUCAUCUUCGGACCCAUAUUUUCCUCAUGGGAUAGUCGAUCUACGUUACGCAAUAUCUUGUGAUCCCUCGGGAGAGAAAGAUAUACGUAUGCGCACGACUCAAAGGUCGUUAGUUUUAUCUGCCGACUCUGUCCCAAGCCGGGAUGAAUGGGUGAAAGCUAUUCGGAAGGUAAUGUUCAAGGCACAAAACAUGGGUGAUAGUGUGAAGAUUGCUAUACCUUAUUCUGCUGUUCUUGACGUAGAGAAGUCGUCUGCCAUGGACUUCAGCGAAACCAUCGAAGUCAAGGUUAUUGACAAAGAGGACAAUAUCUCUAUGGACUCUUACUUCUUUGCAUAUUUUCAUGAUUUGCCAGCCGCGCUGGAACAGAUACGUGACGCUGUGCGCGCAGGUCGCAAUUUUGUCCAGAGGUCUUCGCCACAAACGGUCGUUGACACGACCACUCUUCGACCGUUGCCGUCAGUUCCUCAGGCGAUAGAUCGUGCUCGCAGUCUUCCUAUACCUGAUACCAGCAAGAUUACAUCGGGCUUCAGCCUGUCGUCAUUAUUACGACCCUUCCAGGACACUCUUCCCCUCGGUCGUAUCGGUAGUGCUCCUGACCGCUCAGAAGGCUCAGAAGAUUAUACUCAUAUUUCCAAGAGAGGCGAUACCUCUUUUAUCCCUAUCACCACUUCGCCACCUAACAUAUCAGACGUCUCCGAGAGUGCUAAAAAUAAGCAUCCUCCAUCGCAUAGUACAUCACUGAAUGUUACCACAACAGACCAUACGUACCCUCCAUCUACCCUUAUCGGCGACAUGUCCGAUAUGGCAAUUAAGGACAGUGGUUCGAGUGGCAGCUCAUGGAAUGUAGGUGUCCCGUCGUGGCUCAAGGGUUCACGAAAAGUGUUUAGUUUGUCCUCGGCCAUCACAUCUCCUGGUGAUUCUGCUGCUAUAUUAUCGACUUCCCCGGUCGCAAGUAACGUAUCAGAGGUGUAUUCUUCUCCCACUCCAGCCAAUCGAUCAGGGAGCGGCACAAAUGACCUUGGCUAUAGUAUAUUAGAAACUCAGGAGGCAACCGUAGAUCUUCAUGCAACUGAAAAGUUCAAAAAUGCUUUUGCCUUCGAUGACAAGGAAACUCUGCUCGGAUAUUUCACUGGAUAUAUAUUCCGACUCUUACCUGUGUAUGGCCGACUAUACGUUUCCACGAACUACUUCUGCUUCAAGUCUAGUGGCCCGCUGACGGCCAGAACCCGAAUGGUUUUGCCUUUACGUGAUGUGUUGACCGUGGAGAAGACUAAAGCGGCGAGAUUUGGUCAUCAUGGCCUCAUAAUCAUCAUCAAAGGUCAUGAGGAACUUUUCUUCGAAUUUGGCGUGGAAGACCGACGUAAUGCAUUUGUCACAAUUGUGGAAAAGCAAUUAGAAGAUGUUAGAAAACGUUUGCAUGCCGUUGAACCACAACCUCUCACCCAAGGGAAACGAGAUGCCCUCAUCCUAGAAGAGUUUGAGCCUCGUAGCUCGUCUAGCACCGACGCAAAUUCGAUACCACCUCCCGAAAAUCUAGCAGAUUCUUUACCAGCCGUGAUGUUUACCUCGGCUUCUUCAACAUUCUUAACCUUCAAACCUCAGAAGCCCCUACAUUUUACUUUCCUUACCAUAGGCUCUCGAGGGGACGUGCAGCCGUAUAUCUCUCUUGCUAGGGGUUUGAUGGCAGAUGGGCACCGAGUCAGAAUUGCGACUCAUGGAGAGUUCAAAGUCUGGAUAGAAGCGCAUGGAAUAGAGUUCGGCUAUGUCGGUGGCGAUCCGGCGGAACUAAUGCGUAUAUGCGUUGACAAUGGCAUGUUUACAGUUUCUUUCCUGAAGGAAGGAGUACAAAAGUUUCGUGGGUGGCUAGACGAUCUACUGAAAACCUCAUGGGAUGCAUGUCAAGGCACUGAUGUUCUGAUCGAGAGCCCAAGUGCUAUGGGAGGCAUCCAUAUCGCCGAGGCCCUACAAAUACCAUAUUUCAGAGCAUUCACCAUGACUUGGACGCGCACCAGGGCAUAUCCGCAUGCCUUCGCUGUACCGGAACAUAAGAUGGGUGGUAGUUAUAACUACAUGUCAUAUGUUAUGUUCGACCAAGUUUUCUGGCGCGCUACGUCUGGACAAAUAAAUCGCUGGCGACGUAAUGUUUUACAUUUAGGGAGCACUAGUCUGGACAAGAUGGAACCCCAUAAGAUCCCCUUUCUUUACAACUUCAGCCCCCAUGUUGUUCCACCUCCCUUAGAUUGGCCUGAGUGGAUUCGCGUAACAGGUUACUGGUUCCUUGAUGACGCGGAAGUCGGUGCGAAGAAAUGGGUACCUCCUCCUGAUCUGAUUCCUUUUAUCGACUCCGCGCAUCAGGCAGGAAAAAAGGUGGUUUAUAUCGGCUUUGGAAGCAUAGUCGUCUCGAAUCCGCAAGCUAUGACCCGAUGUAUAAUCGAGGCGAUUGUUCAAAGCGGUGUUUAUGCUAUUCUCUCUAAGGGCUGGUCUGAUAGGCUGCACGUGAAGACUGGCGAGGCCGCUGAACCAGAGGAACCUCUCCCCAAGCAGAUAUACGCGAUAUCAUCGAUUCCUCAUGAUUGGCUCUUCCAACGCAUAGAUGCUGCGUGCCACCACGGUGGUGCAGGUACUACAGGGGCUAGCUUACGUGCUGGUAUACCAACUAUCAUUAGACCGUUCUUUGGCGACCAAUUUUUCUGGGCCGAUCGGGUAGAGGCCUUGGGCAUUGGCUCAGGCGUCCGUAAGCUCACGGUUGAAAGCCUGACAGAAGCACUUCGAUCGGCUACAACUGAUGUCAAGCAGAUUGACCGUGCGAAACUCGUUGGGGAACAUAUUCGUGCGCCACUGCUGUAG